AUGGGAUGGCUGAGCAGAAUUCUGCACUUGCCAGGGACCUGGAGCCCCAACCACCUGAAUUCUUUUCUUACCCAAUGUGUCUACUUCCUGUAUCCUGAUCCUGACGGUGACUUUGUUUUUGUUUCUCAAUACUCAGCCUGCUUCGUGCAGAAGGAGCAAAAUUACAGGUUGGAAAUCAGAAUAUUUCAAACAGGGGUGAGAAGGUUGGAGCAGAGUGUCUGCUUCAUCAUGAAGUGUCCAGUGUUAACGUCCAGGCUGGGCCAGGGGGGCGUCUACUGUGGGCCCACGUUCGUUCAAAUGCCAGGCACGGAGACCACCACUGUCAUCACCCGAAGGCCAAGGCGAGACCUUCUUCCAAGGCGGGAGGUCAGUGGCGAGCCAACGGUCCCUGACCUGAGCUGGGUGACACUUGGGGGUUUAGGCCGCAGGCCAGUCCCCUGUGGAGGGAGCUUGCUUCUGGAAGUUCAGAGGCCACUGCGGGGGGGGGGGGGGACACUUCUGCCUCACCAGGUGCUCAACACCUCCGAGGGUCUCCUGCCACUCUAACUGGUGAACGGCUUCUAUGCCUGUUUUCUAGAAGAUGCUUGCCCACCGGGAUCCGAGCUUUGUUUCUUAAGAACAGCUUUGGUGAGGAAGGGGAACCAGGUCGCUGAAGCUAAAGGCGGUCUCCGUGGAGACAUUUCUGCAGCUUCCGAGGGGCAGGCUUGCUCCUGGCAUCUGCUUCCUUAUGGGUCUUCCCGGAUGGUGGGGUCCGUCCCUGGGUCUUGGGGAGGGCCUGUUUCUUCCCUUCCGCCCAGCCACCAAGUAAUCUCACGUCGCCGAUCAGGAAGCGCACUGUGCUGGCCACAGGACAUCAACCCCCCGCUGAGGUCCUGGAACCGCCCUUUUUGUCUGCAUACCUGCGAAGUGUGUAUUUUUCUGUGUCCCGUGACCUUCCCCAUUCCAGAGUCAGAGGCCUUACUCGACAUCCCAACGCAGAGACUGGGUCUGGUCAAAGAAGGUUGCCACGUGGAGGAAAUCCUGAGCUUGGUGGCAAGGGUGCUGCGGGUCCAGUUCAGCAUCCGUCAUGACAGCCGUCCUCGCGUCUUCUGGAAGCCCCUCCUCCUUUGGGCCACUGAUGCCACGUGGAAUCAGAGACCUGGAAGGCGGGGCUGUGGGGCCAGCUGCAAUGCCAGGAGGCCCAAGAAGCCUCUGGAAUGCAGGCUGUCUGUAGGUAGCCCUGGAACGGGCGAGAUGGCUGCCCCCGUCCCCUGGACCGUGGAGAGCUCCUCCCAGCAUGUGGGUGAGCGAGUCACCGUGGGGGUGCGCCUGCCGGUCUCACACCUGAUGCGGUCUGCUCCCCCUCCACCAUCCCCAGGAGGGGACACCCUUCCAGCAGGAAGGCCACCUGCUUCCUCUCCCCACUCCUCUCUGGGGUCCAAACAGUCCAAAGUGUUCCUGGUCUCAAGGCCAUCCAUUUCCAUGACUCUAGGAAGUAUGAGGCCUGAGCAGAGCUUUGCCCGGCCACCAGGAAGUCCCCUCCUGCUGGGAAUAUUGUCAGGGGGGAUGUGGCUGCCAGAGCCCGCAGAACCCACAUGGGCAACCAGUCCCGAAAGUCACAGGGCUUGUGAGCUUCAGAAGAACGUGGAGGGGCUUCUGAGAGGCCCCCUGGCUGGGGUGAGUCCUGGGAGCGGCCCAGGGGAUGCCAAGUAAGAGGAGUGGGGAGGACGAUGUACGGGCAUGCCUCCCACC